UUGGUGAAAGUCCAUUCGGGCAGAUUUUCGGAGAAAAGAGCACACAGACCGCUCAGGAGCGUUCCUUCAUUUUAUAGAUGUAGUAUUGAGCACAAGAAUGGAUGCAAAAGAGUCCGAAAGAAGAAUUUCUCCUCUGAAAAACUUUGUGGCUGGAGGGGUUGGUGGCGUCUGUCUCUUAUUCGUUGGACACCCGCUCGACACUAUCAAGGUCCGUCUACAAACACAGUCAUGUGUUCUCUACAGAGGAACCUUUGACUGCUUCCGAAAGACAGUGUCCAAAGAGGGAAUAUUUGGCCUGUAUAAAGGGAUGGGGGCUCCAUUGGCUGGUGUGACCCCAAUGAUGGCGAUGAAUUUCUUUGGCUUUGGGCUGGGUAAAGACCUUCUGCAGCGUGACCCCUCUGUUCCACUCACGUACGCACAGAUCUACCUAGCAGGGAUGCUGGCAGGAGUCUUCACCACUGUGAUCGUGGCUCCAGGAGAGCGAGUCAAGUGUUUACUGCAGAUCCAGUCCUCAGCUGGUCAGCUGAAGUACACUGGACCUGUGAACUGUGCACUCACACUGUAUAGGGAGCAUGGAAUCUGCAGUGUUUAUAAGGGCACUGUGCUUACUCUUAUUAGAGAUGUGCCUUCAAAUGGUUUAUACUUUCUAACAUACGAGUACUUAAAAAACGCUUUGACCCCUGAAGGAGAGAGUGUUCAUGAUCUCAGCACAUCCAGAGUUCUGCUGGCAGGAGGGAUAGCUGGCAUGUCCAACUGGCUGAUAGCUCUGCCUGCAGAUGUGCUUAAGUCCAACUACCAAACAGCCGCUGAUGGCCGUUACAGAGGUUUAGGGGAUGUGUUACCAACUCUGUUACGAGAGGAAGGGGCUCGUGGUCUGUAUAAAGGCUUAAGCGCAGUCAUGUUGCGAGCAUUUCCAGCCAAUGCGGCUUGUUUUCUAGGCUUCGAGGUUGCGCUAAAGUGCUUGAACUACGCUGCUCCAAACUGGUGAUUUCACUAUAACAACUGACAAGGGCUUUUAUUUUAAAGUAUUUUCUAAUUUUUGUAUGUAGGCAUUGUCCUCACUCCAUCCUUUUUGGUAUUGUUUAAAACAGUGUCAUUAUCUUUUUUGUUUCCUUCAUCUCGAGCAAGUGUCAGACCAACAGAAAUACUUAAGAAAAUGAUGACAGAAUUA